AGUUUGAACAGCUUGUCGUGUUGGAAAUCAAUAAAAUGUGGCAAGCAAAUAUAGAACGUUGUUUCCGUUGUUUUCUUUUGUAGCUAUGUUUUAUUCAACAACUGUCUGUGAAUUCUGUGGAUUAAUAAAAAUAAUAGUUGUUACCUUAAUCCAACCAGUGCAGUGUCAGAUGUAUUCAAAGAGUUUAUUAUGGUUAAUUCAAUUUGUUGUCCCAUUUGUACUCCUCCAAUUGCCUUCUUUAAUUGACUGUAAUCCCAGUCCCAUUGUUGGAGGUCGGAUUGUUGAGUUUUCUGAAAUUUCUAGGUUCUCCUACAUAGUUUCCCUGCAGGACCGGAAACAGUUCGACAAUGGCUCUGUUCAAUUCAAGCACUUUUGUGGAGGAAGUCUUAUAAGUUCAUCGUGGAUCUUGACAGCUGGACAUUGUAUUCAUUACAAGAAGCCCAAAGAAAUUGUUGCACUCAUCGGGGUUUUAAACUUAAAAUCAAAUGACGUGGAUCGUCGUGAAAUCGAUGCUUUCAAAGUGAUGGAUUUUGUUCCAUCAAAUUUAAAAAAUGACAUCGCUUUGGUACGCCUAAAGGCUCCAGUUUCGCUGUUGACGGAAAGUAUAUCAAUCGGAGUAGUUCCGAGAGUGGGAAUGAAAGCAAGUCGAAAAAAGCCUUGCCAAGUAAUCGGAUAUGGAGCUGAUAAAUAUGGUGGCUUGAUUCAAGACAGUUUGAAGAUUGGAGAAGUUUAUGCAAUUUCUAGGCAAAGCUGCAAACGGAUAUUGGGGAAAAUUAUGGCACCUCAGCAAGGUGAUUAUACUGUAUGUGGACUUGGUGAAUCAGAAGACAGUUGUCAGGGUGAUUCCGGUGGACCUCUAAUCUGUUCUGUCCAUGGAAGAGACUAUAUCUUCGGGAUUGUAUCGCACGGCAUAACUUGUGGUCAAGCUGGCGUGCCAAGUAUUUAUACGGUUACAAUUCCCUACAAACAAUGGAUAGAUAAAAUAAUUACAAAGAAAAUAAAACAAACAACUUAAACAUUGCAUACAAAAAAAAUGUAUUUAAAUAUAACGUACAUAAUACAAUACAUAAUAUAUUUUUUAAAAUA